GCGUGGCGAACACUACUACAUCUCUCUCUCUGUGCAUCUUUGUCCCUCAUUGACAGUACUCUCUCUUUCUCUCUCUCUUUUCUCAUUUCUCUCUCUCUCUCUCUCCAAUGGGAUGUGCACAAUCUAGGGUUGAUAACGAGGAGGCCGUAGCGAGAUGCAAGGACCGCCGCAACGUCAUCAAGGAAGCCGUCACGGCGAGCAAAGCCUUCGCGGCGGGUCAUUUCGCGUACGCCAUUGCUCUGAAGAACACCGGCGCCGCUCUCAGCGACUACGGCCACGGCGAAUCGGAUCAAACCCUAGACGCUGCUCUGGAGCAGAGCCAUUUCGAGAAAGGGGACGACCGUGUUGCUGCUGCUGAUCCUGCUCCUCAGCCACCUCCGCCUCCGCCUAUUGAGAACCUCCCUCCUCCGCCUCCGCCUCUCCCGAAGUUCACUCCGUCUCCGAUAAAACGCGCGAUCAGCUUGCCUGCGAUGGCGGGGAGAGGGAGGAAGGUGCGGGGGAUUGAUUCUAUGGCGAUUGAGGAGGAGGAGGAUGAAGACGAGGAGGAGGAGGAGGAAGAGAAGGAUGGAGAGAGUUCGCCUAGGACGCCGGAGAAUGUUGGGAAAGGUGGGAAGUUGCAGGAGACGACGUCUCCGGUUGUUGUGAGCGCUUCUCCGGGGGCGUGGGAUUACUUUUUCAUGCCGGAGAAUGUGCCUGGGGGUAACUUGGAAGAUAUGAGAAUGGGAAACAAUCAUCACUUUCAGUUCAAUGAUGAGGAAGAAGAAGAUGGAAGAUCUGGUCUCAAUGCUGUUGAGGAGGUGGAGCCAAAGACGCCGGAGAAAUUAGAAGAAGUUGAAGAAGAAGAAGAAGAUGAAGAGGAAGAGGAAGAUGAGGAGGAGGAGGAUGCAGUAGUGGAAGAGGCAAAGAAGAAGCAGAAAGGGAAAGCUAAGAUUGAGCAUUCCAACACUGCUCCACCGGAUUUCCGGCGUGCCGUCGCUGCGGCGAAGACCACGACGGCGGCUUCGAGCGUGAAUCUGAUGAAGAUUCUUGAUGAGAUUGAUGACAGGUUCCUAAAAGCUUCAGAGUGUGCACAGGAGGUCUCCAAGAUGCUGGAAGCAACUAGGUUGCAUUAUCACUCCAAUUUUGCUGAUAACCGAGGAUAUGUUGAUCAUUCAGCUAGGGUAAUGCGGGUUAUAACGUGGAAUAAGUCAUUAAGAGGCAUAUCCAACGGUGAAGGUGGAAAAGAUGAUCAAGAAUCAGACGAGCAUGAAACUCAUGCGACCGUGUUGGACAAGUUGUUAGCGUGGGAGAAGAAACUCUACGAUGAAGUGAAGCAAGGUGAGAUUAUGAAGAUAGAGUAUCAGAAGAAGGUAUCAUUACUCAACAGGCAUAAAAAACGAGGUGCGAGUGCAGAAACCGUGGAGAAAACUAAAGCAGCUGUGAGUCAUCUACACACAAGAUACAUCGUUGACAUGCAGUCCAUGGACUCAACCGUCUCUGAAGUUAACCGUUUAAGAGACGACCAGCUGUAUCCAAGACUCGUCUCCUUAGUCGAAGGGAUGGCGAAGAUGUGGACAAACAUGUGCAUACAACACGACACACAGCUAAAAAUCGUCGGAGAGCUGAAGUCUCUCGAGAUCUCGACUUCUCAAAAAGAAACCACGAAGCAGCAUCACCAACAGACGCGGCAGUUCUGCACCGUCCUGGAAGAAUGGCACGUCCAGUUCGAGAGUCUCGUGACGCACCAGAAGCAGUACAUCAACUCUCUAAACACCUGGCUGAAGCUAAACCUCAUCCCCAUCGAGAGCAGUCUCAAGGAGAAAGUCUCCUCUCCUCCGAGGCCUCAGCGUCCACCCAUCCAAGCCCUCCUCCACUCGUGGCACGACCGCCUGGAGAAACUCCCCGACGAGGUGGCCAAGUCGGCUAUCUCCUCCUUCGCGGCGGUCGUGAAAACGAUCUUGCUUCACCAGGAGGAAGAGAUGAAGCUGAAGGAGAGAUGCGAGGAGACGAGGAGGGAGUUCAUUAGGAAGAAGCAAGGGUUUGAGGAGUGGUAUCAGAAACACUUGCAGAAGAGAGGACCGACGACGGCGGAGGAAGGCGGGGAUGGAGAUGAUGAUCAUGUCACUGAGAGGAGGAUCGUUGUGGAGACGCUGAAGAAAAGGCUUGAAGACGAAGAGGAAGCUCAUCAGAGGCAUUGUGUCCAGGUGAGGGAGAAGUCUCUGAAUAGUUUGAAGAUAAGGUUGCCUGAGAUCUUCAGGGCGUUGUCUGAUUAUGCUCACGCUUGUGCUGAUUCGUAUGAGAAGCUCAGAGUCAUAUCGCAGACUCAGAAAGGCAAUGUAUCUUCUUGAACCAGUUUUAGUCUCUCUCUCUCUCUCUCUGCUUUUGUAUUAAGAACUCUUGUUGUUGAAAGUUUUGUAGAAGUUUUUUAAAACUUAAAUGACUUCGUGUUGUCUUAAUGUUA